UCUUUCCCGUUUCAUACCACAAUCGGUUACUUUGUGAUGGUACGCAUCGACGUCCGUCAUUCGUCAGCAUUUUCGCUGUUGGCUGGUGAGCUUUACUCAUCUAGCCCCACGCUUCCGAUUGGGCGCCGAUAUUCGCCGAGCUGAAGUGUUGAUCCACGUGUGCGCAGCCUCGGAAAAGUACCCUUCCUUUUCAGAGUCCUCGACACCCACUCCUUUCCACUACUGUGAUGCACCAAUCAAAUUAACCGCCGUAGCGUAUGUGUAAGUGAUGCCCGUACGCACUGCUUUUUCGGGGCCGUUUUCUCCCAUCGUCGCCAGCAGGACGAAACGGCUUUUCCAGCCACUUCCAGCUACCCCAAGGGCAGUCUUUCUUCUCACGGGAUGCCACCCGUCGAAUGGCACGCGCAAGCACUUUUUACCAGUCUUCUUUCUCUUGAAAAUACGUGUUUUUCAAUUUAGCUUGCAGGCGGGUGGCAGCAGCGCGGAAUGUCUUUCUGUUCCUUUCUGCUCGCUCCUCCAAGCAAAGGCUGGUCACUCGAGGCUUCGUUCGUCGUUCCGCUUUUCCUUGUCUUCGGUUUUGCUCCGGAGGGUUGGCCGUGUUCGCGCAGCGGUUUGCUCUCUGGCAGUGCCAUCUGCAGUGCCGCUUAGUCAUGUGCCCGGAUUCACGAAAGGAUCCCAGUUUCGCCCUCGAGAGGACGCAGCAGUACAACUCACAAUCACUUGCAGGUCUCUGUUAAUCCCCGUCUACGUUUUUAAAGCAAGUGGAUUCACUCGUGAGGACAAAAUAUGCCGCCUGGAGUGGGGAAACCCCCCAUGAAUGGCGAUAAAUCCUCGAACUGCCGACCUUCUUCCCUCUUUUCUAGAUCCAGAGUGCUCCCUUGAGUCCCGUACUGGCGUGCGCUCCGACGAAACCUCGUCCUCUAGGCCGCUAUGUGUGUCAAAUCUAUGCGUUUACCUCUCUCCCUGCUCAAGGACUAGAGACAGGUUAAGCUGUUGCAUGUGUGGGGGGAUGUCAUAUCGUUUCUUCACUGCAAAAAACGCGAUAUUCUGAAGAACCGAGGGUCGACUCAGAGGGAAAGGCGGCAUUCUUUUUCCCGCACUUCGGUUUCUUUUGGUCCUCGCUAUUCUCCGACACUGCAACAUACGGUGACUACUUAGUCUGGUUUAUCUGUUCCUUUCGUGCCUGCCUGAGAGAGCCGGGAGCGGGACCGAGCAAAAAGCGUGACGGGUUCAAACCGUGCCUCCGAUUUCUGCGUUUUUGACGGCUGCAUGCAUACAGAGCGUCAUUCUUGCUCAUCGACUCUGACCCUGCCUAUACGCAUCGACGUAGAGUCUCGGGGUCCCUGAGAUCUUGAAUACGACACGAUAAUUUGAAAGCGCAGUGUUGUCUUCACAUCUCCACUAAAUGUAAUUGUGCCUCAUCAAGCGCUUCGUCCGUGUGCGGUACCAAUACAACCCUGGGGUGAAUACAGCGUCUCUCCCAUUUAGUUCCAUGAAAAAAGGACGUCCGGUUCAUCCGUGUUCGUUCGAGAUUUGACAGAACGAGACCGCAGAAACAAUUGCGGAGCGUCGCUUUCUGAUCCGUAGUUGUCACUGCCUUUCGUUUGUGUGUCUUUUUCUGUGUUGUUGUCCGUAACUCUUCCAGGAGCUUCUCCUUCCUCACCGUUUCCGGGGCUCUCCUCUUCGCUGGUGUCCGACCCCUGGGGUGCAUCUGGCGUUGUUCAUGCUCGAAUUUUGUCUUUCGUCCUUCUCUGCUGCUCACCGGCCUGCUGCCCCCUCAAGCCCGCGCCGUUCGGGUGUCUGAUUCGCGACCUCGAUUUUCUGUGUCACCUUCCUUUUUUCUAUGGACAACCUGACACCUCCGCGUGACUGCCUCCGGCACAACCCGCUUUCGUCUUCUUCCAGCUGUUCCUCGCCUCUCCCUGCUACCCUCUCUUCUCUCUGUCUCUCCUCGCUGCCUUCGUCACGUCCGUUUCCGCGACUGAAGAAGCGCCAGGCGCGGUCCCUGUCGGCUAGCGCGCUGUGUCGCCGCCCCUCGCCUUGUCGCGAAAGCGGCUACGAAUCCGAUACCAGGGACGCUGGCACGAGACCUUCGUGCUCGUCUUUCUCAUGUUUUUCAAUUUCGCGACGACGUCCUUCUGCUCGGCUGUGGCCCUUUGUCCCUCUGGCAGAAGAACGGACUGCGCUCGAAGCAAAGACGCCGUCCUUCGGGAGGCCGGAACCCCAGGAGCGGCCUGGACAUACUGAGAGAUGCUGUCGAGAUGUUUUGCUUGCGUCAGAGGACCAGCAAGCGGGACAAAGUGACCGACGGCUGUGGACAGUUUUGCUCUCACGUACCCGCACACGCCAACGACCAAGGCCGCGUUCGCCAGUCCCGCCAGGAGGCCCGGAUUAUGAAGUCACUGCCAAAUCCUUCGGGAGUGAAAACGGCACCGGAGCCACGAACCAACCGGGUUUUUCGGCGGAGGGAUGGAUCUCGCCUUCGCGUCGGCAACAAUUGCUGCAAGUUUUAGAUCGGAGUGGGCCGGCUGCGGCAGACCCACGGAGAGACUUCGACGCUGUGCUUCCAUCGGCUUCCUUCCACCCUCGUCCUAUGCGGCAGUGUAUGGACUCAGAAAGAAGCGGAGGAGUCAGACAGCGGCGUGUUGAUCGCAGUGAUUUACGUAGGUCUCACGCAGGACCGCAGUCCUUGACGCGUUCGGAAGCGUCCUUUUCGAGUGAAUCAGAACCUCGUUUCGCUCCCCCGGUGGACCUUUGUCCCUGUUGCUUCGUCGCCACUCCGUGUGCAUCAUCGCUCCCAUGUUUCCGUGAUUCUUCUGUAUAUCCCGCGUCCGACGGUGCUCUGAGUCUGCCUUCAUCUGCGUGCUGCCCACACGCGUCGUGUCCUGCAUCUUCUGUUCUUGGGCCGUCUCUCCCUUGUCGACGAAAUCGGUUUUCCGACAGCUCGUGUUGUCACCGUCCGCCGGGCGUUUUGUGUUGUCGCAUGGACUCUGCGGCGCAGUGCAGCGCCCCUCUAUUCUUUACGUCUGCACCGGUGCAUGCAAUGAUUUUUCCACGGCAAGAUAGCGGCGACAUGCCUGGGGGAAGCAGAGAAGCGGUGUUGAGUCAAGUUAGGCGUCGCAGCAGAGACGGGUACACUGUGUCGGCUCUGAACGUCCCCGGAGAUAGAGCCAAGAGUACUUCGGCUGGAGACAAUGACAAGGCGACGGCGUUGCGCAGCAACGGAACUACUUCGUGGCGAGGUGCGGGUGGCAGCAGCGUGUCUACGAAGGUGGGUCAUAGCCGAGGAUUCACUGAGUCUCAGACCCCGGUGACGCAGUAUUCGACGGACGACCAAGGCGAACGAGGCCCUGGAUGCCCUGUGAUUGGCUCCAAGUAUCCAGACUUCUACGAGGAUGACGAUGACGAUGGGGUGUUCAUUCCUCGCCCCGGCGAGGCCUUCCUCGCCAGUCGCGGCCCAGAGAUUGCAAGGGGUCAGGCCUCUUUCAUAAGCGGAAAUAUGCGGUUUUGCCUGGACGACUCCGCCCCGCUGAUUCUCCAGAAGCCGAGGGCCAAGGAGCAACCGAAGUCGAGCAAACUGAAAAGUUUCUUCAACUUCUCGAUCAAAGGGGCCGCGGACAAGAAGGGAACUCCGCAGAAGAGAUCCACGAGCGACUACAGCGGAGGCCCGCAAACAGUGGGAUCUGUGAGUGUCGGGCUCCGCGACUUCGGGACAGAUGAUGACGCUAAUUUGCCGGAUGGAGGCUUCGGCUCUUUUUCUCGCAAUUCGCCUGAAGACCACACCUUCUACACUGGCCUCUCGAUGCAGAGCUGCGUUUCGAUCAGUGAUGAUGACAGUGAACCAACACGCAGCCACCGCUCUAGGAGUCAUGGGGACAAACGCAGGAGCCACCGCGAUAUCCGAGACCACUCGGCGGACUCGUGCUCUUCCACAAGGAGCAGUGUUCGCGGGGAUGAGGUGAACUCAGCCUAUCGACGCAAGUCGCUCGCGAGGAAAGAACACGGCCUUGGCAGAAGAGGAGAGAAGCAAGCAGAUACUGACGAGGAGGGCGAAUGCCCCUGCCCCUGCUGUUGUUGUUGUUGUUGCUGCUGCGGUCCCGUUGCUGAAGAGGGCCGCGAGACCAUAGAAGUCAAACAUGUUGAUAGAAGCACAUAUGCAGUCACAAAACGCCCAUCGAGAAGGCGUGGAACUCGAAGAUAGCCGGGUGCCACUUUUCCAAAGUCUAGUGUCUGGAAUGAGACGGAGAGGAAUGAGCGUACGUGCUACAGCGGUGACAGAUGUGUCACGUGCGAUGGAAUCCGGGGACCACACAGUAGAAUCUUUUGGAGGCCUUAAUGUUUGUGUGUGAAGAACGAUACUAACAAUAGGAAAGGAGUCGGCUGCCUUUCUCUAACAGGGAUAGUGCACCCUCAAGAGGUUCGAGACACUGGUACCACGCUCGUGAGAUCCACUUUUAUUCGAGCCUGCUUGUUGCCACGGGAAUGUUUCGUUUACCGCCUUCGCUAGAACGCUGAAACACUGGUAAAAGCUUACGGGGAUGGUGGAAGCGAUUAUUUUGCCGUGAGGUAAAAGUAUCGAUACACUUGAUUCCACUUGUCUUUGCGGAUCUCGAGGUGUUGUCAAGACAGCUG